GCACCCCUCUAUCGCGUGGUGGGGAUCAUCCAUAUUGCUGCUAGUGGUGGAGUUAAGGUUGUAAUCCUGAGAGGCCCUCGGACACGUUUCUUUAUUUUUUUUUUACACAUGUUUUAAUCCAGCGCUGACUACUCUGAAGCUCUUCGGGUCUAGGAGCGACAGAGGAGCGGCAGACUCCGCGGAACAACUUCACAUUUCCCCCUUGAAAUUGAAGGCGAAUUAGGGCCGGGGAGGGAGGACUGGUAAUCCUGAGGGGGGAAGAAAGACGGUGGUGGGAAAUGGCCACUCAGGUGGAGACUCUCCUGCCCGGCAACCCGCUCGCCAAGGCGGAGGAGCACGGCAAAGUGAUCCGCGGUGAGCCGGAGGAAGAGGAGGGCGGCCGGGGCGACGGGGCCAAGCGGCAGACGGGUGUCGCCGACCAGGGGAGCAGCAGCGGCGGCAGCAGCCCCGGGCAGGGAGGCACCCCCGGUACGGAGGAGCAAACCUCCAAGCAGGCGACGGGCGAGGAGGAAGAAGAGGAGGAGGAAGAGGAGGAGGGCAAAGGAGGCUGUGACAGCGACGACAAGCAAAGCGAGGAGGGUGUUAAAAGCGGCAACAGAAAGGAGUUUACUGAGGCUCCCCCGCCCAAGGUGAACCCGUGGACUAGGAAAAUGAAUGCGGUGACCGUGGUCAGCGUGAAUGGACAAGCACACCACGAGUCUACUGGCCCUGCCAAGGUGGUGAGAGCAGGGAACCCGCCCAAAGCCAGACGUGGAGGAAAGGUUGGAGAUUUUGCAGACGCCAACAGCUGGCCGACUCCAGGGGAGAUUGCAACUAAAGAAGUGCAGAUUGAGGCAGUGACACGGACCGUGUCCUGCCCGCCGACUGUCAGGCAGGUCAGAGACUCAUGGAGAUUCACUGGACCUAAGAAGACAAUAACAACGACCAAGAAGGAGUCCAAGGAGAAGAGAGAGAUCAUCGAGGAGAGCAAGGAGAACCUGAAGGCCAAGUCGGACGACUCCGGCGAGGAGAAGAACGGUGAUGACGACUCCCAGAAGAACGGACCGAAGAAAAAAGGAAACAAGCAGAAGUGGGUUCCCCUGAUGAUCGAGGUGAAGUCCGAGGGUCCCAGAGAGCGCUCUGCCUCCAGGAACAACAGCAGACAGAACGAAAACCCCCGCCUGCCUCCCAACGCCAGGAACGACCUCAGAGAUUGGCACAGUCAAAAGUACGAGCGGGAGUGGCGUGACGACCAUGACGAGGUGUCCAGUGUGAAGAGCGAGGGAGCGCCGUUCCGCGGAGGAUUUAGAGGUCGCGGACGUGGAAGAGGAAGAGGUCGGGGAAGAGGCAGAGGUGGCGCAAGAGGCCACUAUGACUACCACUAUGGCUACAAGUCCUACGAAAUGAAAGAUGGACCCUACAGCCAGAAGUUUGGCAACACGGUGACCUACUACUACGACAACAUGAGCAGCAACGACCUCUACUCUGUCGAUCAGGACCUGCUGAAGGACUACAUCAAGAGGCAGAUUGAGUACUACUUCAGCCUGGACAACCUGGAGCGUGACUUUUUCCUGCGGAGAAAGAUGGAUCAGGAAGGCUUCCUGCCUGUUGGACUCAUUGCCAGUUUCCACAGAGUGCAGGCCCUCACCACCGACGUCAACCUCAUUCUGGAAGCCUUGAAGGACAGUAAGGAAGUGGAAGUGAUCGACAUGAAGAUCCGUCGGAAGGUGGAUCCAGAGAAGUGGCCUCUGCCGGGCCUGAGCAUGCCCAACCAGACCCACACCGAUUUCUCUCAGCUGAUCAACUGCCCUGAGUUUGUCCCAAGACAGUUGACAGAGGAGCCCAGAGGGUCUCCCAGGGCCUCCACACCCGUAAAGCAAAAGACCAAGACUGAAUCAGACAUCUCCAACCUCAAGACGAUGCCCAAGGGCCUCUCCGCCAGCCUCCCCGACCUGGACUCUGAGUCCUGGAUUGAGGUCAAGAAGAGGCCCAGACCCUCCCCGGCCAGACCCAAGGUCAGCGCAGAGAAGGCCCCCUCGUUGCAGCAGCAGAAGGAAAAGGAUGACUUGGUUCGCUCCCCAGUGCCCCAGCCUGGCUCCUCGCCCUCCCCUGCUACCUCAGGAAAUAAGGACGGAGCGGAGCAGGACGAACCGGAGGAGCUCGACUUCAUGUUCGAUGAGGAGAUGGAGCAGAUGGACGGCCGCCGCAACACCUUCACCGACUGGUCGGACGAGGAAACGGACGGCGAGAUUGAUGACCAUGACGUCAACAAGAUCCUGAUUGUGACUCAGACGCCGCCGUACCUGAGGAAGCACCCGGGAGGCGACCGCACGGGACACCACACAUCGCGCGCCAAACUGACCAACGAGCUGGUCAAAGUGAUCAACGAUGGACUCUUCUACUAUGAGCAGGACCUGUGGGACGACACGUACGAGCCAGAGUACGCCACCAUCAAGCAAGAGGUGGAGAACUUCAAGAAGGUCCACCUGAUCAGCCGGGAACAGUUUGACUGCCUGACCCCUGAACCCCCUGUCGACCCCAACCAGGAAGUUCCCCCAGGCCCCCCACGCCCCCAGCAGAUCCCCACAGACGCAUUGGCGAACAAACUCUUCGGUGCCCCCGAGCCCUCUUCAAUAGCACGCUCGCUCCCUACUACCGUGCCUGACUCGCCCAACUACCGCAGUGCCCGGACGCCCCGCACGCCUCGCACACCUCACCGGAAGGACCAGACAAUGACGCCACGCUUCUACCCUGUGGUGAAGGAAAGUCGGCCUGUAGAUGCCAAGACGCCCAGGAAGAGGAAGACCCGACACAGCUCCAACCCGCCCAUGGAGUGUCACGUCGGCUGGGUGAUGGACUCCAGAGAGCAUCGCUCCCGUACUGCGUCUGUCAGCUCUAACGCCAGCCCAUCAGAGGGCACCCCUGUCCUGGGUAACAUUGGCUGCACACCUCAGUCUCUCCCCAAGUUCCAGCACCCAUCACACGAGCUGCUCAAGGAGAACGGCUUCACGCAACAUGUUUAUCACAAGUACCGCCGGCGCUGCCUAAAUGAGCGAAAGCGGCUGGGAAUCGGCCAAUCACAGGAGAUGAACACGCUCUUCCGCUUCUGGUCGUUCUUCCUGCGAGAUCACUUCAACAGGAAGAUGUACGAAGAGUUCAGACAGCUGGUGGUCGAGGAUGGAAAAGAAGGAUACAGGUACGGUUUGGAGUGCCUGUUCAGGUACUACAGCUACGGUCUAGAAAGGAAGUUCAGGCCAGACAUCUUUAAGGACUUCCAGGAGGAGACCACGAAAGACUACGAGGCUGGCCAGCUUUAUGGACUGGAGAAGUUCUGGGCCUUCCUUAAAUACUCUAAAGCCAAGACCUUGGAGAUCGACCCCAAGCUGCAGGAGUACCUGAGCAAGUUUAAACGUCUGGAAGAUUUCAGAAUUGAUCCACCUAUGGAAGAAGGACGCCGCAGAAGACACUCGUCCAGCGGGGACGGUCGCCGCCGGCACCCCUCUCUCCCCUCCAGCCGGCCCCACAGCCAGGCCAGCUCAGGCCCCAGCCCCGCCCCCACCGCCCAGGGCCUCGCAGCCAUGGAUGAUGCCAAACCCACCAGCCAGAAAGCCCCCGUUGCUGACCCUGCACCAGAUGCCAAGACACUGAAGUAACUCCACGAACACGCCGGCCAACAUGGAUCAACUCAACCACGUCUGCAAAUCGCUGGUUCUCUCUGCGCCACAGGAGGGGGGAGGGGGGCGUCUAGCUCUUCAUUCAAGCAUGAGAAUACUUUUUUUUUUUUUUUUUUACCUGCGACAGUUUUUGAGAAAUAAGGAAAAUUAAUAUGGUUUAUUAAUUAGUUUUAUGUUUUUGAGGAAAAAAAGAACCUUUUUGUCUUAAUGAGGCAAGGAAUGGAUGAGGUGUCAAACACUUUUUUUUUUUUCUUUUGCAUAUCAUUGCCAGUCCACACGGUGGAUGGUGUAGUGCUGAUUUCCUGAUUUCUUUUUUUUUUUUUUUUUUUUACCUUUUUCAUGUUGACCCCCCCUCUCUGUCACUGGGACCCCUCUUUGAUCGUCACUGUCCUGCAGGCUGAAAGAUAUUUGAUUCUUCGCCCAGAUCUCAGAUUUAUGAUUAUUAUUUCUUCGGCAUGUGGUGAGAUUGGAGACUUCGAAAAAGUUCGAACAACACUGAGCAUCUGAAAGCCCCGCUAGAGGAGGCCGUGCUGCUUCUGACAUCCAACCGGACCAAAGUGGUUUGAACUGAGCGACUGACAUUUCCAUCCGCAGAGCCCCAGUGCUCUCAGUUGAGGGGCUGAAAUUUAUUUGAUUUACUUUAUGGCUGGACAUUGAGGGGAAAAUAUAAAAAGAACCAAAUGAUAAAAAUAGAGGAGAAAAAAAAAAAGACUUGUACCAACCCCUCAGUGUGGACACGAUCAUUGAAAGUUGCCUUAUUUUAAUGGUUUUACUGCUUCUAACUUGUGCCCACCACCUUAUUGUCGAUUGUACAGCAUUGAAAUCACCCAUAUAUCCGGUCACUAUGUCCAGCAGAGGCCACUAGGUGGCGCUCUGUCUGCCAAACUGUUCUCCAUCCACACCCCUCCCCCUCCGUCACCUUUUCCCAACUGUCUUCCAAGUGUCACUCAGUCUGUUACAAGUCCUGUAAUUCUUCCCUGUGUUUGCAAGUCGUGGCUUUUUGUGCUGAAACACGUCAACCCGGUGGAGGUUGGUCGCCUCCCCACCCCCCCCUCCCCCCAACAAAAAAACAAAACAGAACAAACAAAACACUUCAGUGAGGUGGAGAGUUGGGAAGGGAGAGUCCCCGAUGAUCUCCCCUUGGGUGCUUCCUGACUUUCUCUCUCCGCCUGCGCUUCCCCCCCCCCUCCCUGUCAGACGAGCUGCAUCCAUCCGUUCAUCCAUCCGUUCGACAUCCAUCCAUCAGUUGACGAUAGUGACGAUCAGGACUGGAAUCAUCAAAAUCUGGAUUACUUGAAGAAGCGAUGGUUAUGAGGAGGGCCGUCGUGCUCUGUCGCAGGUGCUCUGGGUGGAGACGCUGACGAGGCUCAGACAUUUGGCCUCUGACUUCACCGCUAAACUGAAGUUUGCUCUCCCGAGGCUGAACGGGCCUCUGGCGCUCGCCACCUCUUCCCGUUUCACACACACACACACACACACACACACACACACACACACACACACACACACACACACACCAGUUACAGGCAUGAACACUGACGCAGGUACAGAUGUAGCAGCGUGAGCAAGCUGAAUACUAAAUACACACACGCACGCACACAGCUCGAUGUCUUGCCUUGCUGUGGAGAAAAAUUCAAGACUGGAUUGCUCGUUCACACACUGUUCUGUUCAGUUAUCACACUUCCUACAGUCAACUGUGGAUGAUUCAAUCUUUAUCCAACUCGAGUACUGAUGACAUCAGAUAGAAGAGUGAUUCUUUUUUCUUCCACUAAUGUAAAUGUGAAUUUGACAGAUGAAGAGAAAUGAUUACAGCUCCCUGCUACUUGUUUUUGUUUAUAGAACAGAUUAUAUAUUUGCCUUACACAUGUAUGUACUCUUUAACUUUUUUUUUUUUUAAUGGUCUCAUGAUUAUCUUUUAAUGCUUUUUAAUUUCAAUUUGCAGUGUUUCUAGCGUUGUUGUUAUGAUGGAGGUGGAUGGAGGUUUGUGUCAGGCUGGUAAAAACAUCUGUGGAUUUCAGAAACGGGAACAUAAUUCACAACACAAAAGGGAAAGUUGACAUCAGGGCGUCAACAGGUAUUGAGCGCAAAAACACAAUCUGUUAAGCUUAUAAUAUUUCAUGUUGAAAUCACAGUUAAUUUGUUCUUUUUUUUCUUUUAGUAAGGUUUUUGCCAAGAUGACAGAGUAACAUUUGACUCAAACUAACUGUUAAAUCUUCAGCCUCCAGGUUUUCUAUAAACACUGUCUAAAAAAUGCAUAGAAAUGAUUUGAUUUUGGGGUUCGGAUUGAAGAAGUAGUUCCUAAAAUUCUGUAAAAAAAAAAAAAAAAAAAAAAGAAAUCUUGAGUCUUAAUACAUGUGGAUGUCCAGCUGUUUAGUGAAAUGACCCAGUUUCCGUUGACAUACUGCAACGUUUUUGCUCCCGAGUGAUGAGUCAAACCGCACAGUCACAUGAGUAAAACAAGUUUAAAUACAUUUGAGGAAUUUAAGAGUUUCGGACGAGGCCUGACAAUACUUAGAUGAAACUGUUUUGGACACCUGUGUUUGUUUCUUUUUUAACUUUUGGUCCUUUUCCGUGAUAACCCUUCAGCUUGUUGGUUGAUGUUCCAGAAGAUUGGAGGUGGAUUUCACAUUGUCCUCUCAGUGUUUCAGUUCUUCAGUUUCUUCCUCUAAAAUCCACAUUUGUUGGAAACAUGAAAAUGAAAAAGCAAAGCUGUACUUUUUUUUUUUUUUUUUUUUUUUUGGUUUAUCUUCAGGGAGAUUUGGAUCAGUUUCAGAGGCUUACAGUUGAUGCAUCAAAGUGUUUACUGGAGGUUUAAAGACAGGAAAAAUAAGAGCUAUUCAGAAAAGAAAAACUCCCGCAUUUUCCCCAAACCAGCGGAGCCUUUGAAUGGGUGAGUUGGUGUGUGUGGCUGCAGACAUGGCAGACUGCCACUGGGGGGGGCGCGCCUUCUUCCCGGGACAGUCACAUGAUCCCUCUCUCUAAUGUGAUCAUCACCUGCCAUCACCUGUCACCAGACAUUUGGGGGGGUGGGGGGUGGGGGUUCAGGUGUUUUGGGAGUUUUCAGCCUUCUCUUAUCAGCAUAGGACUGCUGCUAGGUGUCCAAACAAACUGUAGGGGGGGCCGCAUCCCCCGCUUGUCAGUUUUACAAGGACUUGGCCAAAUGGCCGGACACUGGAGAGAUGAGUGAUGGACGUGGAAAUGGAGGGAGGAGCAGAAAAGGAGAAAAGAAAGAGCCCGGUUAGGGUUUGUGAUGUCGCUUAGAGGAUUAUGGCUGGUUAUGAUGUCUGGAGACUGAAAAAAAAAAAAGGACAAAAUUCCAUAAAGCCAUAUGAAUAAGAUAUAACUGUAUAUGAACCAUUAAAAUAGUUCAUUACAUUACAAUAUCCUAGGCUUGUCAUGAGGAAAAAAAGAUGAAAACAAGGAAAAAAGGAACAAAAAAAAUAUAUAAAAUGGAAAAAUGUAAAAUACUUGAAUGAGAUCUUGUAUUAUAACAUUUAAUAUUCAUAAUAUCUGCUUUGUAGGCUGAUGUGAUUCGCUAUUAGUGUUAUUUGUAAUUUGUAGUAAUUAUGCUUUUCCUUAAUAAAGAAAAAAAAACACAAAACGGACAAAAAAACCUCAAA